CCUUGUAAAACAAAGCCGGGGGAAAAUGCCUGCCCGAGCAGCUGGGAGCGCGCAGCCCGUCUCUGAAUAAGUGAGUACAAUGGCGUGUUUGUAAAAAAUUAAAGAAAAGAAAAAAAAAACAACCCCUUCAAGUCCGUCUUUAUUCCAAAAACACUGUGAAUGCUGCAUGCCUCAUGCUUCCCAGCGCCUCGCAGGAGAGACCCGGCUAUAGAGCAGGAGUGGCGGCACCUGACUUGCUGGAUCCUAAAUCUGCCGCUCAGAACUCCAAACCGAGGCUCUCAUUUUCUACGAAACCCACAGUGCUUGCUUCCCGGGUGGAGAGUGACACAGCCAUUAAUGUUAUGAAAUGGAAGACGGUCUCCACGAUUUUCCUGGUGGUUGUCCUCUACCUGAUCAUCGGAGCCACCGUGUUCAAAGCACUGGAGCAGCCUCAGGAGAUUACACAGAGGACCACCAUUGUGAUCCAGAAGCAAACAUUCAUAUCCCAGCACUCCUGUGUCAAUUCCACGGAGCUGGACGAACUCAUCCAGCAAAUAGUGGCAGCAAUAAAUGCGGGGAUUAUUCCCUUAGGAAACACCUCCAAUCAAAUCAGUCACUGGGAUUUAGGAAGUUCCUUCUUCUUUGCUGGCACUGUUAUUACAACCAUAGGGUUUGGAAAUAUCUCACCACGCACAGAAGGUGGGAAGAUAUUCUGUAUCAUCUAUGCCUUACUGGGAAUUCCUCUCUUUGGCUUUCUUUUGGCUGGAGUGGGAGAUCAACUUGGAACCAUAUUUGGAAAGGGAAUUGCCAAAGUGGAAGAUACAUUUAUUAAGUGGAAUGUCAGUCAGACCAAGAUUCGCAUCAUCUCCACUAUCAUAUUUAUACUAUUUGGCUGUGUCCUCUUUGUGGCUCUGCCUGCUAUCAUAUUCAAGCACAUAGAAGGAUGGAGUGCCCUGGACGCCAUUUAUUUUGUGGUUAUCACCCUAACAACCAUUGGAUUUGGUGACUAUGUAGCAGGUGGGUCAGAUAUUGAAUAUCUAGACUUCUAUAAGCCUGUUGUAUGGUUUUGGAUCCUUGUUGGGCUCGCUUACUUCGCUGCUGUCCUGAGCAUGAUUGGAGAUUGGCUCCGUGUGAUAUCAAAAAAGACAAAGGAAGAGGUGGGAGAAUUCAGAGCACACGCUGCUGAAUGGACAGCCAAUGUCACAGCUGAAUUCAAAGAAACCAGGAGGCGGCUGAGUGUGGAGAUUUAUGACAAGUUCCAGCGGGCCACUUCCAUUAAACGGAAACUCUCUGCAGAACUGGCUGGAAACCACAACCAGGAGCUGACUCCCUGUAGGAGGACCCUGUCAGUGAACCACCUGACCAGUGACAGAGAUGUCUUGCCUCCUUUACUGAAGACAGAGAGCAUCUAUCUCAAUGGUUUGACGCCUCACUGCCCUGGGGAAGAGAUAGCUGUGAUUGAGAACAUUAAAUAGCACUCUAUGGGAUGAGCUGUAGGCAUAGCCGUAGGUGAGGACUUCUCUAUGCUCUUUGUGACUGUUGCCGUAGCAUUCUAAACGUUGUGCAUGAGCUCAAGAGGGGAAGCAAAGUAGAGACACCCAUUAUGGUCAUCUGCCACUGAGAGAAGUUGGAUUUCGGAGCCAGUGCUCUCUUUCUGAGGAGGCUUUGUGAGACACUCCACUCGAUUGACCAGUGGAAAUGGACAAGCCACGUCUGAUGCCUUUCUGUGCCCAGACUGUUUUCCUCUCCUUCCUUCCCUCCCCCCGCCACCCCACCAUGUGCCAUCAAGGCCUCAGAAUGAAUUCUUGUUUAUGGUGAUAAUGUAGCUUUGAGGGAUCAGUCCUUAACUUUUCAGGGUCUACCUAACUGAGCCUAGAUACACGGACCAUUUAUGGGUGACGAUGUUUCUUUUUGUAAAUGGCAAGAUAUUCUUAUGCAGCCUUUUACCUAAGAAAUUUUCUGUCAGUGCCUUAUCUUAUGAAGACACAGAACCUCUCUCUAGCUAAUCUGUGGUUUCUCCUUCCCUACUCCCUACCCUUAGGCUCACUUCUGCAGUCGUUUGCCCCAUCUCUCCCCUUUGAGUACUAUACCUUGCUGGAAAGAGUGUGUAAAAUGACUGAAGUUGUGAUGUCUGAAGAAGGAAUAGAUGCCAAAUUAGAAGGACAUUGA